AUGUCCAACAGCAGCUCCAUCAGGCACUUCCUCCUGCUGGCAUUGGCAGACACGCGGCACCUGCAGCUCCUGCACUUCUGCCUCUUGCUGGGCAUCUCCCUGGCUGCCCUCCUGGGCAACACACUCAUCAUCAGCACCGUAGCCUGUGGCCACCACCUGCACACGCCCAUGUUCUUCUUCCUGCUCAACCUGGCCCUCAGCGACCUGGGCUCCAUCUGCACCACUGUCCCCAAAGCCAUGCACAAUUCCCUCUGCGACACAAGGACCAUCUCCUACAAAGGAUGUGCUGCUCAGCUUUUUCUUUUGUAUUUCUUCAUCUCAGCAGAGUAUUUCCUCCUGACCAUCAUGUGCUACGACUGCUACGUGUUCAUCUGCAAAGCCCUGCACUACGGGACCCUCCUGGGCAGCAGAGCUUGUGCCCACAUGGCAGCAGCUGCCUGGAUCUUCAGGGCUGUGCUGAGGAUCCCCUCUGAGCAGGGAUGGCACAAAGCCUUUUCCCCCUGCCUUCCUCACCUCGCUGUGGUCUCCGUGUUUUUCAGCACUGUCAUUUUUGCUCAUCUGAAGCCUCCCUCCAUCUCCUCCCCAUCCCUGGAUCUGGCCCUGUUCAGUUCUCAGAUCCACACUCUCAUCCAGCUUGCUGUCAUCUGCAAAUUUGUGAAGGGCGGACUCGAUCCCCUCACCCAGAUAAUCAGUGAAGAUAUUAAACAGGACUGGGCCCAACACAGAUCCCUGGGGGACAGCACCAGUGACUGGACACCAGCUGGGUGCAGCACCAUCCCCACCACUCUCUGGGCCCAGCCUCCAGCCAGCUCUUAA